AUGGAGCAUCGACAGCCUCAUCUCCUGCAUCCCCCCCCGAAGCGGAGGAAACUCGACUUGGGAGAGAGCCCCAGGCGACUCUCCCACGAUGAUUACACCAUCGGCUGGGUGUGUGCUCUUGCCAUUGAGGCAGCGGCAGCAAUGGCCAUGCUGGAUCAGAUCCAUCCAGCCUUGCCCACCCACGCGCGAGACAGCAAUUCGUAUACCCUCGGGUCCAUCGGCCGUCAUAAUAUCGUGAUCGCUUGUCUCCCCGCCGGCAUCUAUGGCACCACAUCAGCAGCCACUGUCGCCAGCAAUAUGUUCAUCAGUUUUGGAUCGAUUUGUCAUCUAGUUAUGGUCGGGAUCGGGGGAGGGGUGCCGUCUGCAUCGGUCGAUAUCCGGCUUGGGGAUGUCGUGGUGAGCAUUCCCACUCCCUGCUGCGAGGGCGUGGUGCAAUACGACUAUGGCAAGGCCAUCAGCCAAGGGCACUUCGAAAGAACAGGCACUUUGAAUAAGCCAUCCACUGCCCUCCUGACAGCAGUCAGUAACCUUCGGGCGGCGGACCUCCGCAAUGGCAGCCAGAUACCCGUCCUGAUAUCUGAGAUGCUGGCGCGUAAUCCGCGGAUGGUAGAAACUUUCACGUCCCCCGGCUCUCUGAGAGACCUUCUUUUUGCUUCAGAUUACGAGCAUGACCCAGCUGAGCCGACCUGCAAGUCUUGCGACCGUGAAAAACUAGUGAUCCGGUCGACACGCAGCUCUGAUCGGCCGGUUGUUCACUACGGCCUGAUCGCAUCCGGGAACCAAGUGAUAAAGCAUGCACAAACCCGCGAUUUGUUAGCAGCGGAGCUCAAUGGCAUAUUAUGUUUCGAAAUGGAGGCGGCUGGGCUUAUGGACAACUUUCCAAGUCUUGUCAUUCGAGGUGUUUCGGACUACUCAGACUCGCAUAAAAACAAGGACUGGCAGGGCUAUGCGGCUGCAACCGCGGCUGCAUAUGCAAAGCAGCUGCUUGCUACGAUCGGUGUCUGCGGCCCUGGGCCUAUCUCUGACCCUGCUGUUCCCGAGGCAAUCACGGCUGCCCAGCACCGCGCAUCGAUGAUGGAUGCUCUGCGACCUGAUCAACACGAGAGUCGGCAAGCUACGAUAAAGCCUGCGCAUGCCAAAACCUGCAAAUGGCUUCUUGAGAAGCAGGAAUACGUGAACUGGAUGGACAGCAAUCGUUUCCCCGAGCACCGUGGCUUUCUCUGGAUCAAGGGAAAGGCAGGGAGUGGCAAAUCCACUAUGAUGAAAUUCGCAUUUCUACAGGCCGAUGCAAAAGUGGAUGCAGACACCAAGGUCUUCUCAUUUUUCUUCAAUGCUAGAGGGGAAGAUUUGGAAAAAUCGACAUUGGGGAUGUACCGGUCCUUGUUGGCGCAAAUGCUGGAAAAAGUCCCAGAACUCCAGGUACUCCUAGACGAACUUAACUUUGAGCGCUGGGACGAGAAGUAUCCUUGGUGUCAUGAGUUACUUCAGUGCACCCUCCGCCGGUCAAUCUCACAACUUGGCGGUCGUCGUGUCAUCUGUUUCAUCGAUGCUCUUGACGAAUGCGAAGAAGAACAGGUCCGCGCCAUGGUUGGUUUCAUCCAAUCCCUUGGAGAGCAUGCGAUAUCAUCAAAAGUCCGCCUUCACGUCUGCUUCUCAAGCCGUCAUUACCCCCACAUUGCUAUCGAGAAGGGGCUUGAACUGAUAUUGGAGGAUCAGGAAGGUCACGCUGACGAUAUCACUCGAUACCUGCAAAGCGAGCUCAAAAUUGGGCGCAGUAAGCAAGCCGAAGAUAUUCGACGCGAGAUCCAGGCGAAGGCCUCAGGGAUCUUCUUGUAA